AUGGACCCAGACGAGUCGUUUGGGAUGCAGCGGAUGUCGCUGGGACCGACAGGGGCAGCAAUGCUUAAAAACAGGCUCGACCCGGCUAACAAUGGAAUACGAUCGACUCAAAUUCCGGCUUCACAGAAUGCAAACACGGUGGAGACAAGCCAGUUGCAAACAUAUUCCAAGGCCGCCAUGGACAAAUUCAUUCGCGAUCGCGAAGAACAAGUAUCUAACUACCCGAUCGUCCCAGACGUCGAAAUGGAUUCAGUAGACUCAUACCGCGAUCGACCGGGAGAACAUGAGUCAGAACGCAGGGGACCAUAUGAUCUAAGACGACCACAAGUGGCAACUGCAGGAACCGCCCCUACGGGAGGUUUCAGCGCACAGAGGAUUAGAUUGUCGGUGAUGGCCGAUCUGAAAGAAUUUUCAGGACGUGAUCAAGACGAAGAACGUGCUAGAGGUUGGUUUAACAAGAUGAAGACUGCCUUUCUACGCGAUCAGGCUCCAGACCACGAGAAAUGUCUGGUAUUUGGAGAACUGCUCACAGGACCUGCCCGAAGUUGGUACAGCCAGUUGAGCCGAUCGACCCGCGAUGAUUGGAAGUCGUUGUCGGAAGGCUUCAGGGUCCGAUAUGGAGGAUAUGGAAUGUCAGCUGAAAGGCAAUACUACCACGCGCGGAAGAGACCGAAUGAAACCCCGUUGGAAUACUUGGACCGGUUGAACGUAGCAGGAAUGCGAGCAAAAGUGGCGUUCAGAGAUGGAUCGCCAGCAAGCCGACGUGAGCAUGUAGAACACUUGAUUGACACUUUGGAUGAUCGAGAGUUGGCGAAGCAACUGACCUUAUUGCGAGUGCAUGAUGCUAACACGAUGAAAGGAACUCUACGCGCUUAUCAGCGCAUGAGUUUUCGACAGAAUAAGGAUCCGAAUGACUCGAACAAGUACCGAUCGAGAUCGGCUACAACGCCAGCCCAAGUAUAUUCGAAUACACCACGGAUGGUGAAGGCCAUUCGUGCAGAAAGUGAGGAAAGAGACUCAGGCUCAAGUUCGGACGAUGCAGAUGAAGAAUAG